UCUAGAAUUGCUGCUUAAGGGGUAAAAAAAAAAAGAGAGAGAGAGAAAUCGUAGGACGCUCUGUAAGUAUGGUCUGCCGUGAUCUUGUUCUUAUUGGCUCCCCACUGUCAAGGUCGAACCGAGCGCCGUCAUCAUCCGGGUCGCUGCAAGCUCUACCUAAUAAUAGCUGCACUGCUACUAGCAAGAUCUGUAUCUUUGCAAAGACUAUACCAUACCUUCAACGGCCAUCUUCCUGGGAUCCAUUUUUCGUGUUCCGAGGAAAAUAUUCGCUGUCAGGGUCGAAGAGAAACACUUGCUACAAUUCACUUGCAGUGAGCGAGAGCGAUGGUCCAAUGACAGCAGCCGUCAGGACACAGGAACUGUCCAAAACCUCACAGACGAUCCGGGGCAGGACAAUAGAGCACCAAGGAGUCAUUUCUCCUAUACUUCCAUCAGACUCUGUGAAGAUUCACAAUCCCUACCCAUAAUGUCGGCAGACUUGUUGGCCGAAUUCGGCUCGGGCUCGGGCUCGGAGCCUACUCAAAAUGCCUCGAGGCAGUCGCAACAACGUUUUCAGAAUGUUUCUCUCAUUCCUGAUCUCGAUUUCUCCGGAGAUGUCCCGGCACAGCCUUCCAGCAGUGACUCAAAGACCGUUAACUUUGGGUCAUUUCAAGGAGCAGGGCACACCAGUGCCAAAUCACCUAUUUCAAGCCCGCCUUUGGCCGAGAGUAUUUGGCGCCACGACGACAGUGGUGCUGAUGUCUUGUUUGAUGCGACCAUUGAAGAUGCUCCUCCUGAUGACGAUGAUGAAUGGGGUGAAUUUGAGGCCCCAGAGACUACGCCUGAUGACCAGGAAGAUGUCUUCGCCCCAAACGUGAGCUCUGCUCCGAAGGUGACCCCUGCACCAAAUCUGGCUUUCGCCCAAACUGCGGCAGCCCCAAGAGCACCAAUUGGCACAAAUUCGACUAGUAAAACUGUAUCUGGAAGCUCUUCUGGAGUUACCCAUUUGAUGGAUCUACUGUCAGUCGAAGAUAACGCACCGCCAGUCGAAACGAGGCAACCGUCCGCAAGUAUAAACGGCAAAAUUUCUACGGAAGAUCGUUCAAGUCCCCGAGGCAACACUCUAAGUACUCUGCAAGCGCCUAUUGCCAAGGACGAGCAAGAUUCCUUCGAUGAAUGGGGAGACUUUGUUGAUGCCGACGAUUGGAAACCUACCACCCAAGAGCCACUCCCUGAUACGCAAGUUAAGAAACAGAACUCGAGUAAGCGCACUGUGAAUGAUACACCAGCGCCUUCACUCCCUGCAGCUGCGAGUUCCAGAAGUGCACGCACGCCUCAGACAAGCCAGGUCUCGCAAUCACAGGUUCGACCGACCAAUAUACCUCCACCAUCUGUAUUACUACAGUUGUUUCCUCCACUAUUUGAGCGCCUUCAAGAAGAUACUACUGAAGCAAAGAAAGAUCCCAAUAAAGGCGCGAUGUCCCUCUAUUUGGUCCUCAACCUUGCUUGUACACUGAAAGUGGCUUCCAGAAUCAUUGCUGGCCGCACUCUAAGAUGGAAAAGAGACAUUGUACUAAGCCAGAGCACUAAGAUCGGCCCGGCUCGUUCUGGAAAGCAAGGCGGGAUGAAGCUCAGUUCUGUCAGCAAAAGUGAGAACGUUAAGGAGGAGCAGGAGGCUGUGGAAGUACUAGACGCCUGGCGUCGACGGGCUGCGUUAUUCAACUCUUUGAUAAUAUCAGCUGGGGAGCGUCCAAUCCCAGUUAUAGCAGUGCAUGCACCUGUGGAUACUGUAAAGGGUGCCUUGAAGGCCCCGCAUGCAUGCGCCCUGUGCGGGUUGAAGAGAGACGAACGAUUGCCAAAGAUCGAUGACAACGCUCAAGACAGUUUUGGAGAGUGGUGGGCAGAAUACUGGGGACAUACCGACUGCAAGCAAUUCUGGGAAGAACACUCCAAGUCCCUGAAUCAACGCUGACUUAGGCUAUCUCCUCUCCACCAUCCCUGAUCGCGAACAGCUCGAGGGGACUUGGGCAAUAUGUCUGAGUGUAUCAUUGUCCAAGAUACCCAAUGGCUCUGCUACUCCUCACCAUUUCCGAUAUAUGAUCUUAUGACAGUCAAUACGAAAUUAAACCAUCUAUGUUCAUGCCAUUGUCACCAUUUGCCGUAAACCUCCAAGUGUGAUUACCAGCAGCCCAUCCGGAGCAAGGAUACGAACUCUAGUCGAUGCGGCUUCAAGUUGAUUACAAGGUCACGGUAUUUAUAGUCGCUUCAGUAUACGUCUGUCAUGGAAACAUAGCUGACGUCGGAUCGCUAUAAAUAGUAACAUAGUAUCGUUUCGAAUAUGGUCCUGCAGGACUCGUUAAUCUGUAAGCCAAU